AUGAAGCAUUUGGAACAUAGUGAUACGUCUCUUGCUACUUCUCUUGCUGCAGCAACUACUUCAACACUUGAUCAUUUCACGGCAUCUUGUACUUCAUUGUCACUUCAUACGUCACAGAUGAAUGUAUCCACCACAUCAAAUGAUAAUGGUGUUUUGCUACUAGGAAAACUCAUGCGUCGAGAUCGUCGUCUAUUUACGUGGAAAUGGCGUGAUUUUGUACUUGAGCGCACACGUUUACAAUACUUUAGUGAAAAAGGUAAUCGUAAAGGUGAUAUCUCAUUAUCACCAUCUACACCCAUUACAAUCCGUAUGUGCAAUGAGCCGAAACCAUUUGGCUUCCUUCUCUUUAUUAAAGACACUAAACUUACAUUAGCAGCUGCAACGGAACGAGAGAGACAUCAAUGGAUUGAUAUUUUCUGUGAUGUUUUUCAUGCUAGUGUUGAACAAACAUUGGUUGAUAACAAAGCAGAGCGUCGUUCGAGACCCACUUACUUGCCAAUUCCGGACAGGGCCAUUGAACACGAUACCGGCAAUUCCAACAACAACAACAAUAGCAGCAGCAACAACAACAACCACUUGUUGUUACAGCACACAAGCUCGAUAAAUAGCGCUGAGAGUGGUGAGUUUGGCGAUGCAGGUGGUCACACGACUCCUGUUAUGGCGCACAAUGUGCUGGACAAUGAACACAUGAAACGUGACUCGUUUGGAGAAGAUAUGAUUCCGAUUUUGGAGGCAAGAAUGACGUACGGACCGUUGAAGGAAAUGUACUCGCGUAUCACGUUCCCACCCAGUUUGGCUAAUGGUGACUUGCUGGUGGGCGUUGGACCGGUCGUACGUCGUGUAGGAUGGACGGACGAACGUAUUCUAGCUGUGGGCAUGUACAUUGACCCAGAAACGGCGACAAAGGAACUGGAAAAGUUUAGUGGUCGUGUCGCGAAAAGUUUAUAUGGAGACCAGCAGUUCUACAAUCACCUGAUCUUCAAUACGACGUUCCGGCGCAGCUUUGUUGUUACUGCGCGGAAGCGCGUGUCCAAAUCGGUGCUUACGGCACUGCUACGGGAUGAGCUGACCCCGCGCAUGGGACCUAAUGCUACAGCAACUAGUACGUUCCUCGGUUUCAUUGAGAAGUCGCUGAAAAAAGCCGAGUCCAUGGUCAUGCGGAUACAUGAGGACGAUCGUUUUGAGUAUCGAUUGCGUGGUCAAUUGUACCCGCCCAUUGCAUCGCAUGCUCUUUGUAAGUGCAUUCAAGCUCUCUUUUUCGACAGCAACUCUAUUCAGCACGAUGCGAAACGCGGUCUGAUUGAAAGAUUGCCAUCGCUGUGGGGUGGUGAGGCUUUGGACGUUCAAGACGAAAUUUUUGGCAGUCUUCAUGAACGACUCCGAAGUAUAGAUAGUGAAGAUGAGGAAGAUUCCGGGUUUGAUGACGACGAUGAGGAGGAGGAGGACGACAGUGAGGCAGAGGACCUCUUUGGAAGUCCUAAGCUUGGUGAUUGUAGAAAUAUUCAUCAAUCCCACAAAGAUGCAGGACAGGACGAGAACAAACAGGAGAACAUUGUUGGGUCAGGGACAGAGCACGGUGUUGUCAAGACAGGCAAAAAUGGUCAAUUUAAGAGAGAUAGUGGUCUUAGUAUGCUAAAGAUUGACCGGAAACCCUCAACCAAGGACGAAUGGGCUGAAUACGAUGACAACGAGCUUGAGAUGCUACGCCGCCAGAGUCGCAGUCUCAUGGUGCAUUUUGGCCCCAUGGUGGACCGGGACAGCAGCAUAAUGUUCAGCGGAGACUUAAAUGUUGAUGGUAGUGCACUACUAGGGACUUGGUCACAUCAGUUUUUGAUGCCUUCAGAUGAAAAUGAUGCACUUAGCAAUUCUCACCAUUAUCAAUUCACGGUGGGGCUCUACGUGGAUCCGGGUGCAAUUAGCGAAAGUCUGCUAAAGUUCAAGGGUCUUUCGAUCGGCAGCAUUGUCCAGGAUACAGACUACUUUCAUCAAUUUUCGAGGGGUAAGUUUCAAAAGCAUCUUGUCUUCAAAGUGGACGCGACGAUGAAGCUUCGCAUCUUGCUGGAAUAUUUCGACAUACGUUUCCGGUCCCUGGCCUCCUCUUUUGAAGAUGCUACAAGACCUCUUGACAGUUUGGUGGAACUUUGGGACAACACAUACCCGCACCACCAACAGCUUGAGCUGAACCCGAAGGACGAAGCUCGUUUUUUCAUUUCUGCUGAUGGAGCAGUGACUUUGUACGUGAAAAAGCGCGCGUCAUUCAAGAAUGGUAACAAGCAUCAGAGCACUAUGGUCAUUUCUGAUGCCUCCCCAUUGUCUUCAAGCAAGGAUACGGCUGACAGCAUGGAUGCUACUGCGCCACUAUCUUCUGAUACGAGUUCUUUUGGUGACAAUGUUCAAUCUCAUGUAAACAAGAGUCAUGGUAUUAUUUCUGAGAUGGAGCUGACACUGCCUCCUCCACCGUUCCAUUUGGCUUUGGAAAGUUUGAUCUUCGGCUUUCACGCCAUCGAUCCAUCGGCGCGGGCUCAGCUGAUGGAGCGCGUACCCAACCUCUUAGAUCUUGCGCCAGAUGAUCUUGUGCAUACCUAUCACGAUGAGAUCCAGGCGUUGCGUGAGAACUACAAACGCCAAAAGCCGGAGAACCGCGUGAAAGUGGGAUAUUUGUCCAUAUCGUUUGAAAAGCGCAAGUUGCAAAAAAAUGCAGAUAAAGGAGGCGCUAAGGAGGUUACUAUGGUCCCGUCGCGCUGGUCUAAGCGCUGGUGCCGGCUAGAUGGAACCUUAUUCUCUUACUAUUCUCACAAACGCUCUCGUAAAUAUCGGGACAUGAUGGAGCUUACGCGUUGCGAGGUUGUGGAGAUUACGUCAAACAGCGGUCCUGAUGUCGCGCGAUUUGCGUGGGAGAAGGGUGAAAGUGAUAGCAUUCGUAUUGCAAUUAUCAAACCAAACGGCGAAAUCUUGGCGUUGCGUACAGAGACCAUUUACGAAGGCGAAGAGUGGCUAGAAUCCCUUACUGAUGCGAGCAAGGUCCGUCGUCAUGCUGGCGGUCCAGACAAUUGGGCCACUUGGGACGCAAACUUUUCUCAGCUGCGACGCCAGAGUAGCAACCGCGACAUGCUACCCCGCCGUGGCGGUAGGAGCGGUUCGUCAGCGAGUGCUAUGAACAAUGGGCGGCACGCGAGUGUUGGCGAACAUGAGACAGCAGCGAGUCGCAAGGCCUAUGGAGGUUCAGCUGCCGACAGGAAUCUGGCAUCGAGCAUAACACACGAAGAGGAUGGUAGCUGUUUGUACGACGAAGGUCGACGAAUAUGA